CGAUUCUUGAGAGCUAGAAAAUUUAAUUUAAUUCAAUCUAAACGAAUGAUCACACAAUGUUUACAAUGGAGACAUCAAGUUGAAGGAAUUGGAAUUGAUGAAUUGUAUAGAGAUAUGGACCCAUUUAAUUUUUCACAAAAAGAACACGUUUUUAAACAUUGGCCAAUGUAUUAUCAUCGAACAGAUAAGAUUGGACGACCAAUCAGUAUUCAAAGAUUCGGUUCACUUGAUCUAAAUAAAUUAUAUUCAGUAGUAGAUAAAGAAUCUCAUUUUAGAUCGAUUAUUGUGAAUUGUGAAGCACUCACACGAGAAGUUUUACCGGCUUGUACUUACAAAAAACUUUUAAAUGAAUAUCCUUCAUCAGAAGUUCCUAAAGAAUUUCCUCCGGAGUUUGUUAAGGUCACUAAUGCGUUUUGUAUUGUUGAUCUUAAAGGCUUUACUCUUAGUCAAUUCUGGCAAAUUAAAAGUAUUGCUAGGAUUUGUUUUGGUAUCUCUCAAGAUUAUUAUCCAGAAACAAUGGGAUAUUUAGCCAUCAUAAAUGCACCCUACACAUUUGCCACGAUCUUUAAAGCGAUUCAACCAUGGUUAUCAAAAGAAACGAUUUCGAAAAUCAAUAUUUUAGGUGAUAAUUAUAUUUCAACAUUACUUGAACAUAUAGAAGAAGAAGAUUUACCAAGUUAUUUAGGUGGUAAAUGUGAUUGUGAUCCAAAAGAUUUAGGUAAUUGUGAAAAGAAUGAUAUUGGA